AUGCCUCCGGUCCGCUCUCGCGCCCAUAAAAAGCCGCCCCCAGCGGGGUUCGAAGACAUCGAAGACACUCUCCUCGAAUACUCGAACAAGAUGCGCGACGCCCAGAACGCCUCGCACGAGGGGAAGAAGAAGCACGAAGCCCUCUGGCCCAUCUUCCAGAUCUCGCAUGCCCGUAGCCGGUACGUCUACGACCUGUACUACACGCGAGAGGCCAUUUCGAAGCAGCUGUACGAGUGGCUGAUCAAGAACGGAUACGCGGACGCGGCCCUGAUUGCGAAGUGGAAGAAGCAGGGAUACGAGAAGCUGUGUUGUCUGCGGUGCGUGCAGACCAAGGAGACAAAUUUCCAGGGCACCUGCAUCUGUCGCGUGCCCAAGGCCACCCUGAAGAGGGACGGCGAGGCAGCCGAGGGCGGCGGCGGUGGGCUCCAGUGUGUCAAUUGCGGAUGCAGAGGGUGCGCAAGCAGUGAUUGA